CUAACCGCUCCUGGAUUCCCGGCACUGCCAUGUCUCAACCCCCGACGCAGGGCGAGUACCUUGAUUGGUACGGCUUCAAUUUCAGGUGGACUCCAUAUCAUCAAACCCCUGACCAACUCAACCGCUAUCUUUACUCUUAUGACACACUGUCGACGGAUGCGUUGGAAGCUCUCGAUAACCUGAGCCCACCUGCCCCGAUCGCUCCUCGAAAAGACAUACAAACAGCCUAUGAGCCAAAAGAAAAGUCCCAAACGAGGGACUCUUUUAAGCUCCUGAAGAAGCAUGAAAAUGACGAUCAGGCGAUCCGAGCGCUGUGGAACGAGGUCAACACCGUUCCAAAAUGGGUCGAUUGGGAUGAGAUCGAAAGGGGGCAAAAGGUCUUCUGGAGAUACGCUGGUCCUGCCAUUACUGCUCUUACCCAUCUAUCUCUACUGGGUGGCAUGGCGAGUGGAAGGACGGUAGAGACCCUCGAUCGUACUGGAGGUUUUGGUGCCCGCGCCGUCAAGCGGCGUUUGAUGGAGACGGUACAGCACACGUUCGAUGUACACAGGGAUAUAGAGUCCAUUCAACCCGGCGGUGAGGGCUGGGAGGCCUCCAUCCGUGUGCGACUCCUUCAUAGCUCCGUCCGUCGCCGUAUCAUGAAGCUCGCUCAGGAGAAGCCUGAGUACUAUAGCAUCAAGGACAAUGGAGUUCCCAUCAACGAUCUCGACUGCAUCGGCACCAUCAACACGUUCAGCUCUACGGUUAUUUGGCUGGGAUAUCCCCGCCAGGGCAUUUAUCUUAGCAAGCGGGACAUUGUUGAUUACCUUGCGCUCUGGCGAUAUGUAGCUUUUCUGAUGGGCACACCGCACGAUUGGAUGGCAACACCAGAGAUGGCCAAAGCCAUGAUGGAGUCGCUCCUCGUUUCAGAGUAUAAACCGACAAAGAAGUCUGCCAUUUUGGCGAAUAACAUCAUCACCGGCUUCGAGGGAGAACCGCCGAUCUACGCCUCCCGAGGUUACAUCAACGCCCUGACUUGGUGGUUGAACGGGCCGCAGCUCGCGCGAGCUCUCGAGAUUGAGAAACCAAGUCUGUACCAUUAUGCUCUCUUCAUGAAACGUUCCUACUACGACGCUUUCGUCUUUAAUAAGACGAAAGGAGCUUUGGGAUACAAGACCAUGUUCCUAUUCAAAUGGAUCCCAGACCUUGUUCAUACAACAACACCUUUGGGAGUAACAGAUGAGGGGCGACGGAAGAUAUCGGGCGCUUUUGGGAAGGGAACGAUCGAGAAAACCGCUCUAUUCCAACUCCUUUUAAGCACGUUGACCCUUUUUUCUCUGGGAUACUAUGUAUGGACUCUCCUUCAAAGAACACAAGGCGAG